GCACUUUAAGAUUUAAAGCAGUUCCCGUUCCCAUACAGAGGACACAUGGCAGAUGGGCCUAUAACCUGUCAGAGAGAAGGGCGUGUUCAAUAAAUCGUUUACCCAGGAUGCUUAUAGACAAAUGGUUCCAAAGUUCAAGGGUACAUGUCUGAGUGCGGAAGAUUGUGGAGUGUGGAGUAGAUUUUGGGAAGUUAAAAAGGAAUUACAUCCAAGUCUCCAGCAUAAAUAAAAAUGGCUGAAAGUAACAGUCCAAAAGGUGGCUCCAGUGUCUUUGCCAGAAAGGUCCAGAGACAGCUGAGCAGAGGCAAAGAAAAGGUUCUUCAAAAGCUGGGUAAAGCAGUGGAAUCCAAAGAUGAUGAAUUUGAAAACUAUCUUGCGAAAUUUUAUGACCAGCAGACUGAUGGGAACCGCAUUCACAAAGACUUGAGAGCCUACCUCAAUGCUGUCAGAGACAUGCGUGAAGCAUCAAGACGUCUCUCUCACUCCCUGUUUGAUGUUUAUGAACCGGAUUGGGUCGGAGAGGAAGACCUAGGAGCUAUUGUUGAGGGGGAGGACCUGCUGUGGAAUGACUUCGAGGUGAAACUGUUAGAUCAGGCCAUUCGCACCAUGGAGUCCUACGUGAGCCAGUUCCCAGACGUCAGGGUAAGAAGAUCUAAUGUAAACACACACUUAGAGACAGCGGCUUUCAGCAAACACUCAAUAUCCAAUAUGGAGGCUACACAGUUUCUUUUUCUUCUGCAGGAGAAAAUUGCCAAGAGGGGCAGAAAACUGGUGGAUUAUGAUUCGGCGCGACACCACCUGGAGGCUCUGCAGAGCGCAAAGAAGAAGGAUGAUGUCAAGAUCAGCAAGGCAGAGGAGGAGAUGAAUGUAGCAAAAGCUGUGUAUGAAGGCAUUAACAAUGAGCUCAAAGAGGAACUACCCACACUUCAUGAUAAUCGUAUUGGAUGCUACGUGGCAGUCUUCUUAGCUGUCUCCAAUUUACGGGACACGUUCUACAAAGAAGUUAGCUCGCUAAACCGAGAUCUCCACAAUGUGAUAGGCGAACUGCAGGCCCAACAUCCAGAAAAGCAGUUCUCUGUGAAGGGGAUUCAAAGGUACGGCUCGUUGAGACGCACUCUGCUCUCUCCAAGAGCGUGGAAAGCCAGUUUCUCUGAGUUCCACAGAAGCUAUAAUCCCAAACCGACAAGGUUCAGCUUCAAGUCUCCAGAAAAACCCAAACAUGGAACUUUGUCUCGGGAAAGCAGCAGCACCGCAGUCUCUCCACAGCCCAUCAUCCCAGAGCAACCCAACCCUGAGCCUGCAGACCUGGAUAGUACUACAGGGAGCAACGGGGAGAUCGACAGUUCACAAUCACAAGAGGCAGCUGCAUCUUCACCUGAAAAGAGCAGCCCAGUGGAGGACAACCCUGAAGUGAAAGAGGAGGAGCCAUCUGGAUCUGAAAAGAAACAAGAGGAUGAGGAAAAGGCUCCUGGGAGUGAGAGCAGCUCUGAAGUGGACCAGUCGUGUGAUUCAGUGAGUCUGGAGCAGCAGCUUUCAGCCGCAGAUCACAGCCCACUGCACAUUGAUGAAGAGGAGGAGGAGAAGGAGGGGGAGAGGGCCCUGGAUACUUCAAAAACCAAUGGACUGGAGAACGAAGAGGUCCCAGUCAAAAACACACCUCACAAGGUACACAGGGUUCUGCAGUAGAUCAGCCUGGUUCAAAAAGCACAACAGUGUGAUAUAUCCACCUGCAGAUUUGACCGAGGAGGAAGUACUGACACCACCAGCUGCAGCCCAAACAAACCCAGUCAAGUGUCCCGAAACAGGCUGAAAAAAUAUAGUUUUUGUACAUUUUCUUUAGAUAUAGAUGCAUUUUAUAUGUUUAAGUUUUAAAAUUAUAUCAAAUCACGCAAUAGCUGGAGAAGUCUACCUUUUUUGUAUUGUUUAAUUUAUUUUAAUUUAAAUGCAAAGUAUUUUUGUGUGUAACUGUAUGUAUGUUAUCAUGUACAUCUCUACGUCUCUAGGGAGCAAACAAUUGUGUCUGUAAUCUAAUCAGCAGUCUUGCAUUUGCCUGAACUCUUACCUGAUUA